CGCUGCCGCCGGCGCCUCGGUGAGCCCAGAGUCAGAAUUCCCGGGCUGGGCCGCCCCUGGACAGCGCAGAUGGGCGUUUGGGGCUGGGCUGCAUAACCUGAGAGGCCUGCACUGGGCUGGUGAGAAGCUAACCUACCGCCAAGAACUGCUAUGGAGAGCAGGUGCUACGGCUGUGCUGUCAAGUUCACCCUCUUCAAGAAGGAGUAUGGCUGUAAGAAUUGUGGCCGAGCCUUCUGUAAUGGCUGUCUUAGCUUCAGUGCUCUGGUACCUCGGGCUGGCAACACACAACAGAAAGUCUGCAAGCAGUGCCACACAGUCCUGACCAGAGGGUCUUCUGACACUGCCUCCAAGUGGUCACCACCUCAGAACUAUAAGAAGCGUGUGGCAGCCUUGGAAGCCAAGAAAAAGCCCAGCCCUUCCCAGAGCCACGGCCUGACCCACAAAGACCAAGCCAUCGCUGAGCGCCUAGCACGGCUUCGUCAGGAAAACAAGCCCAAGUCAGUGCCCUCACAAGCAGAGAUAGAGGCACGGCUAGCCGCACUGAAGGAUGAAGUCCAGGGCCCCAUUCCUUCCACACAGGAGAUGGAGGAUCGGCUUGCAGCAUUGCAGGGCAGAGUCCCACCUUCUCACACCGUGAGACAGGCACACCAGGCACCAGACACCAGGACCCAGGCCCAGCAGACACAGGAUCUGCUAACACAGUUGACAGCAGAGGUGGCUAUUGAUGAAAGCUGGCAACCAAGAGCCUCAGCAGCCUCCCUCCAGAAUGACCUCAACAAGGGAGCUACAGGAAAGCAGCACAUAAAUUCCCAGGGGCAGGCCAGCUGGUCUCUGGAGGAAGAGAAGAAGAAGCUGCUAGCUGAAGCAGCCGUUGAGCUACAGGAGGAGAACACCAGGCAGGAACGGUUCCUGGCUCUUGCCAGAAGACUGGCUGUACUGCAGGGACAAGACCCCAGCAGAGUGACCCUCCAGGACUAUCACCUCCCAGACAGUGAUGAGGAUGUGGAUGAAGAGACAGCCAUCCAGAGAGUCCUCCAGCAGCUCACUGAAGAAGCUGCCCUAGAUGAGGCGAGUGGCUUUAACAUCCCUGUGGAACCUGCUCCAGGAUCCCGGGCCCAGCCCUGCAAGGCCAAGACUGAGGGGCCCCGGGCUGAGGAAGAGGAACUCCCCUGGUGCUGUAUCUGCAAUGAGGAUGCUACUCUGCGCUGUGCUGGCUGUGAUGGAGACCUCUACUGUGCCCGGUGCUUCCGGGAGGGCCAUGAUAACUUUGAUCUUAAAGAACAUCAGACUUCUCCCUACCACGCCCGACCACCUUGCCAAGAACACUGAGGAUAACCUAAUGAUCUCCUGAGGUUGCAGUGCCACAGGGAACCAGCAGGCUGGGAAGACACCUGGGCCCAGUCCCAGGGCAUCCAGAGGGAUAGCAGAUCCUGCUUUGAGAGUUAACGUAUUCCUUUGUGAGCUUCACAGUCCCAGGAAGGAAGGAAGGGAGGGAGGAAGGAAGGAAGGAAGGAAGGAAGGAAGGAAGGAAGGAAGGAAGGAAGGAAGGAAAGAAGGGUCCAUUGAAGAUGACUCUUAGAAGGAACAGGUGAAAGGAGGAGUCCAGUCCCUCCUCUAAGAGGCUGACCUCAAAUGGAGGCAGAUGGGGAAGACCAGACUGAAGCUGAGGAUGAGGAUACCUGAAACCUGGUGGCCUUGCCCAGCCCUGGCCUAUACUGGAUCUAAUAAAAUGUGUUGAGUCAUUGGC